UUAAAGCUAUCUCUUCUUUCUCUCUCUCCCUCUCGUUCUCUCUUUCCUCCUGCCAUUAAAGGAGGACUGAAGAGAGAGGGGGAGGAGAAGGAGGAGGGGAGGGAGUGCUAAAGCUUCGGUUUUUGGUGAUAGAUCUCUCUUCUGUUUCUUGCUUUGAAGACAAUGUGCUUGUUCUAGUGAGGAUUUGGAGGUGGUGGUGGAGAAUGGCGGGGUUCUGUGAAGGUGGAGAUGGGAUUAUUGGGGAUUGACGUUGUGGUUUGGCUGGAACUGCUGGAUAUCAAUUGUUUCAUUCCAUCUUUAAAGUAAAUAUGAAGUUGGGCUCAAAAAAACGAUGGAAGUCCCUUGUGCCUCUUCGCAUCAGGGGGAAGUCUGCCACCCGUUUCUGUAUAUUUCCAAAGGUCCGGUCUGCAGGUCAUACACAGGGCAAUACACCAGUUUAUCUCAAUGUAUAUGACUUAACACCCAUGAAUGGCUAUGUAUAUUGGGCAGGCCUUGGGAUAUUUCACUCUGGGGUUGAAGUUCAUGGUGUGGAGUACGCUUUUGGUGCUCAUGACUAUCCAACUAGUGGUGUUUUUGAGGUUGAGCCUCGGCAAUGUCCAGGUUUCAGAUUUAGGAAGUCAAUAUUCAUGGGCACGACAUGCUUAGACCCAAUGCAAGUUAGAGAGUUCAUGGAGCUUCAAUCUGUAAACUACAAUGGAGAUACCUAUCAUUUGAUCACAAAGAACUGCAACCAUUUCUGCAAGGAUAUCUGUUAUAGGCUGACAGGAAAUGGAAUUCCAAAAUGGGUGAAUCGCCUUGCAAGGAUUGGUGCUUUGUGCAACUGCCUACUACCCGAGGCCCUUAAAACUACCACUGUUCGUCAACCAGAGUAUGAAAACUGUGAUGGAGAAAAGCAAAGGCUUCGUACUACUUUCAGCUGCUUAUCCUCCAUCUCCAUGCGCCAGAAGCAGUUAUCGGCGUCUUCUCUCAUCUUGCAUUCCCCUUUGAAAGGCUGCCUUCCCCCAUGGGCCACAUUCCCACUGAAGGACAGGUAGGAGCUCUCACAUCUGGUUGGACCUCACCGCACCCAAAAGACGGAAAUAGCUUUUGCUGAUCUACCAGAAAACUAGUUGAUGUUUGAAGACCAAGGCAGGGGAAACUAUGUCAAGAUGUUAAAAUGUUAUUGUUGUUGUUGUUGUUGUUGUUCAUUACUGAGAAGAGACACAGUUUCUUUCCUUGUAUGAUAUUGUUUGUUCUGUUGAAAUCAUUUGUAUCAGACUGUUGGGCCUUAUGAUGUUGUAACUGUAAGUAAGCUCCUAAAGGUAGUUUGCUAGAGAGCAAAGGACCCAACUGUAUCACUUCCUCCAUGAAUGGAUACUGGUUGUUUGAUUA